AUGAAUGCUAUGAACACCCGCAAUGGCGCCCUGUCGCCCCUCUCGACGGACAGCCAAGAGUGGUCGCCCAUCACAGGCUACCGGAACAUCGCCGGCGACAACCCAUACUCGCCCACGAUCCCCCCAAACACAUAUGGGCCCAGCAACCCCGAUGGUGGCAUGCUCAAUGGUAUGCGCCCUGGCACCAGCAAUGGCAACCCCUCGCCGCCCAGUUCAGUAGGCCGAUCAAGCGACGGCACGGGGCUAUAUGCCUCUAGCAUAAGUGAUAGUACACGCCCCAUGUUGGACAGUAGGAAGAUGCAGGCGCUGGAGGAGACUAUGUCGGAACAUUUCAGAGUGCUCAAGGCAUACCUAGGGCCCUAUCUCAAUGACGAGAAGGGCAACCCGCGCCCGAGCAGGGCCAAAGACAAGCUGACCAGGCUAUCUGCUGUGCAGUUCCAGGAGCUCAGCACCGACGUAUAUGAUGAGUCGAUACGCAGAGAGACGGACCGCAAGCGAGGAGGGCCAGGUGCGCCUGGCAACGACACCCCCAAGUACCUUUUACCCAAGAACAAUUUCCAUCCCAAACGUAAUCAGGCGAGACAAAAGCUCUCAACACUGCCUCUCGAGCGCUUCCGUCAACUCGCGACCGACGUCUUCUACGAACUCGAACGGAGAUUUCCCCGCUUUACCGGCGGUGACAUGCCCCCACGAUCAUCGAGCCCAGCCGGCAGCAUCGCGAGUCGCAUAAGUAACAGAGGACCUCCGAGCAGAGGCGGCACUCCGAAUAGCAUGGGUGGGCGACCUCCGCCAGGACCAGGCUACCGAGGGCCACCUCCAAUGGGCGGGCCCAUGGGUAUGGGUGGACCCCAAGGAGGACCUCCAGGUCCACCGGGAGGACUGCGGCCCGGCUCGGGAAACGAGCCAGGUUCUUUCGGGCGCCCACUUCCAAAGACGUUCCAAUCGAACACGAUUGUGCCGAACAAGGGGACACUGGUCGAAGAUGACGAUGAUAGCGGAGCAGACGAUGACGAUGCAUUCAACCUAGAAGGCGCUGCUGCGAGACGGCAGACGAAUAAGAGCGCAAAAAGUAUGAGCAUGGCACACGAAAAGAUAACCGCGGACUUGCAAAACCAAGUGUCGGAGUUGCAGGACAAGGUUGGCUCAUUAGAGGCUACCAUACGUAACAAGGACGACGAGCUGCAGCGACUCCAAGACGCCGACAGAACGCGCGACGGCGCCUCCGCCUCUGAGCGUGCGGAAUGGGACGAGCUUCGGUAUUCGCUCGAGGAAAAGGUUGAGAAGGCGGAGAAUCUCAACUCCUCGCUUCGUUCUGAGAUAGACAAACUACGCAGCGAAAACGAAAACGUCGAGAACAGCCUCCGUACCCAGAUUGCAGAUCUCGAGUCUCGACCGCUUCAGCAAGCCUAUGACAACGGACACGGUCAAUGGAGACAACGGUGUGAGGAGCUGGAACGGGAAUUGAACGAACAACAGCAAGUAGCUGAGGAGGUACGGAGAGACGCAUCCAUGUUCCUGCAAGAAAUGAAAGAGUUGUCAGCCCGUAGCGAUGCCGCAGCUGAAAAGGAAGAGCAAAUGGCAAAUCAAGUAUCGUCACUUGAGGCUGAGCUCAAAGACUGGAAAUCAAGAUAUGCCAAGGCUAAGACGCAACUACGAAAUUUGAAGGCAUCCUCUAUGGGCUUAUCACAACUUGCGUCACCGGAUUUGACCAACUACUCCCGCGAUGCUGCUUUUACGACACCGGACGGACUGGUCAAGGAUGUCCACAUUACCAAAUUUCAGCUUAGCAUUGAUGAGCUGCUCCAGAAUGCGCGAAGAGCAAACUCGGAGCAAACUCUUGAGAGUAUGCGGCACGUCGUCAAAUGUGUACGAGCUAUUACUGGCGACAUCGAUAGCACGUCUCUUUCACAGAUCCAGUCUCCUACCAGUAGUGUGAGCGGCGACAUCUUCUCCAGUCCUGAGAAGCAGCAAGCAAAACUCAAAUCUCGUGUCAGCGCUACGGCCAACAACCUGAUCACUGCUACUAAGAACCAUGUAUCAUCUGGUGGACUGUCACCAGUCAGUCUGUUGGACGCCGCAGCUAGUCACUUGUCAACUGCCGUUGUCGAGCUCGUGAAACACGUCAAAGUGCGACCCACACCAGAAGACGAGCUUGAAGGAGACGAUGAGGAUACCGAUAGGCCUAUGCCGCUAAAGCCCACCGUAUACAAUAGCUACAAUGCUUCUUCGCCAAGCAAUGCCAACGACAACAGCAACAGCAGUGCUGCUGCCUCAACAUACGGUCAUCAUCGCAGUCGCAGUAGCAAAGGCGGCAGCAGCGACACCACUAGGUACAGUGCGUACAGUUCCCCAUAUAGUGGGUACGACGGCCAAAGUGCCGGCAUGAAUGGUACCAAUGGCACAGGCGAUAGCAGUAUGCUUGAGUUCAAGAACUACCUUGAGGAUCAGACAGCAACCCUUGUCCAGAGCAUACAGCCUCUUGUCAAUCUCAUUCGCGCGAACCCCGACUCUACUCCAGGGGACGAGCAGCAAAUCUACGAAUACAUCCAAGACAUUUCGCAAGCAGUCGACGACACUGGCAACAAGACAUACGAUGCUGUAAACCAGCUGUCCAACCCUGCCUUGAAGAAGCACGCCCUUCCCGUCGUGGAGGUGCUGGACGAAUGCAGACAAAGUAUGCUUGCUAUCGACAUCAGGGGUGGAGGGCGCGAAAAGAUCCCACCACUCGCGUUCAAGACCGCUAGGGCUCUCAAGGAGCUCGUACUUCGCGUAGACCGCAUCGAGUCUGGCGAACUCACUGUCGACCAAACACUCAAAACAGAGAUAUAG